AUGGAGGAUGACAACUUUAGAGGUGACAUUACGGAGGAUGAAGAUUUGAGAGGUGACAAUAGUGAAGGUGUUACUAAUGUCGUUACUUGGCAGAAGAACGAUGACGACUCGAGUGAUGCUGCUGCUACUUUAGCUGCUGCUCUUGCCUCGGCCUAUGGGGGGGUGGACGAAGGAGACGAGGAGAUGGGGGAGGAGGAAGAGGAGGAGGAAGAGGAGGAGGAAGAGGAGGAGGAAGGAGCAGAGGAAGCAGAGGAAUCAAAGGGUGCAGAGGGAACAGAGCGAGCAGAGGAAGCAGAGGGAACUGAGGGAACAGAGGGAGGAAAGGAAUCAGCGGGAGCAGAGGGAACAGAGGGAGCAGAGGGAACAGAGGAAACAGAGGGAGCAGAGGAAGCAGCGGAAGCUGAGGGAACAGAGGGAGCAGAGGAAGCAGCGGGAGCGAAUGAUUUGGUGUGUGGCGAUGCAGAGGACAUGAGGCGUAUUGGUGCUGAUGCCUGUUUUGCUUCUCUGCUUGCCAUGGCGUAUGGGGGGGUGGAUGGGGAGGAGGAAGCGGAGGAGGAGGGAGGGGUUGAGGUAGAGGAGGGGAGAGUGAAGGGGAGGGAGGCAGAGGAGGAGAUGGAUGAACAGGAAGAGGAGGAAGAGGAGGAAGAGGAGGAGGAGGAUGAGGAUGAUGAUGAUGAUCUGGUGUGUGGUAGAGGGGCAGAGCAGGGAGCAGAGCAAAGAGCAGAGCAGAGGGCAGAGCAGAGGGCAGAGCAGAGGGCAGAGCAGAGGGCAGAGCAGAGGGCAGAGCAGAGGGCAGAGCAGAGGGCAGAGCAGGGAGCAGAACAGAGAGUGCAUGGGGUUCGGGGAAGAGCGGGAGUAGGGCGUGGGGUUUGGAAGGGUGGGCAUGGAAGGUUUGAUGCAGUUGAUGUUGAUGACUCGGAUCCCAGUCACACUGACUCAGCUUCAAGCUGUGAUGAGUCAGACGCCUCCACUGCUAAGGCUAGGGCGAGCAGGCGUGAAGCAGCUGCUGGGCGUUCAGCUGCUGCAGGAGGUGCGGGGAGGGGUGGGGAUGGUGGGACUGUUGGGAUUGGUGGGAUUGGUGGGACUGGUGGGGAUGCUGCAGCAGGUGGGGGGACUGGUGGUGCAGUUAGGGGUGGCAGCAGCGGGUCAGAAGGGAGCUUUGAGGCGCGGGUUUUCAGAGCGUCUGCAGCCCAGCGGGCUUCUGGUGAAGGGAUGAUGGGAGGGCGGAGAGUGGUAGGUAAGAGAGGAGCAGACGGGUCAGCAGAAAGGGCAGGAGAAGGGGCGGCAAAAGGGGCAGCAGAAGGAAUGUACGCAGCAGUUGACGGGGUGACAGAAGCAGCUGGUUACAGAAAGGCACAAAAUACAAAAGCAGCAGAUACGGCAACGGCUGUCGCUGCAGCAGAGAGGAUCGGGGGGGAAGCGGGAGCAAGCAUGGGCGCAGCAGGAACUGAGAGAAGGACAGCAGCAGGAGAAGCUGCAGACACUACAGGAGCAGCGGACAGGAGAGGGGUUGGAGCUGCAGAUGGGAGAGGGGUUGAAGCAGCAGAGAGGAAUUGCGUAGGAGUAGCAGGCAGGGGUUGGGUCGAAGCAGCAGCAGCAGCAGCAGCAAACAUGGAUGUGGAAAGAGAGGGAGGCACAGCAGCAGGAGCAGCAGAGGAAGAGGAGCAGCGGCAGGGGAGUUUGAGUGGAGAGAAGAGGGAAAGGCGGAAGGGGUUAAGAGAGAUUCAAGAUCUAACUGGAGGGUCCGAUGGAGGGCACAAAACGCCAAUGAGGAAAAGGAGGGAUGAUGGAUUGAAGGAUGGUCGGAUGACGGAUGGUGGGAUGAAGGGUGGAGUAGACAAGACGGAUAAGAGAGAGAGGGAGGUUGCGGUCGAGAGGGCAUCUGGUCUAAAGGAGCAGCUGAGAGCAUCAGUCCACACUGACCUUGCCAAGCGCAUGGCAGGGUGCCGUGACUUUGCGUCAGUCCUUGAUAAAAUCGGGAUAAAAGUGGAUGACAUGCCGCAACCAUCGACUCAGCAGGUUGAAGCAUCUUUCAAGAAGGCGCUGCUUCGGUAUCACCCGGACCGGAUGGCGAGGCUCGGAGCAGGGGCGGACGUUCUGAAGCAGGUAGAGGCAGAGGAGACCUUCAAGAUGAUGCUGGAGAAGAAAAAAACGCUUCCACUUGUUGCACCACCGCCUGCCCCACCUGCUGCUGCCCCAGCUUACCCAGAUUUUGGUCUGCCCAAGUAUCACAAGUUUGGCAGGAGACGUUAUUAUUACUAA